AACACAAUGCAGAAUGCUAUAUAGAAGUAGGAUAUUAAGGACUUGGCAACAACAACACUCCAAAGAAAGCGCUUCAGUGCCGUUGUCAACCAACACACUAAAAGACGUGAUUCUCAAAGGAAUUGGGAAGCCAACGUCAAGCGAUGAGAUCAGGUAUUUCAAGCGUAAUAAUAAACUUAAACCCGUUGCCCCUUGCUUUGGUGGAGAAAUCAGACCGAAAUUGAAAUUAAUAGCUACUGCUAUAGGUCACAAUGAUCUUCCUCCGGCUGCACUGCCAGAGGUCGCCUUUUACGGACGUACCAAUGCUGGUAAAUCAUGUUUAAUCAAUGCCAUAUGUGGAAGAUAUGGUGUUUGUCCGGUACAUGAGUUGCCUGGUACUACAAGGAAACUUCAUUUUUAUAAAGUCGGUACACCAUCAACUGUUAUAUUCGUUGACAUGCCUGGAUAUGGGUAUUCCACGGCAAAAGAUGACUUAAGUAUGCAGUGGAAUGAAUUUUCGUUAUCGUAUUUAAAACAUAGAAAUACAUUGAAGCUACUUGUUGUUCUUGUUGAUUGCCGCAUUGGACUUAAGCAAUCUGACCUUGAAGUAAUUAAUUUUUGCGAUAAAUAUAAAGUAAAAUGGCAAGUGGUGUUAGCGAAAGCAGAUAUGGUUAAGCCAGUUUUGGUGGCUAAAAUGUUGCACAAAGUACGUCUAGAACUUGCCAUUUUUAGAUCUUCAAAUGGUAAACCUAUUGCAAUAAGCUCUACAAAAAACCAAAAUCUAGAGGAAAUUAGGGGGAUAUUGGAGCACUUCAACGUAGACAAACCCACAGCUCACUUGUUAUUACAAAAUAGGAAAAGGGAUAAUAUCUCUAAUAAAAACCUGCUUAAUGAUACAAUAAAAGGCGGCAUAACCAAAUCCAACUAUAAUGAGUCUAGCAAUCCGCCAACUCUGAUAUUAUCUAAGACGGAUGAAAGUGAGAUUUGUGAGAAAGGGUAUGACCUGUGGAAAUAUAUAACAGUGUCAAAAGACUCGUAUGAUAGGAACACAGUAGCACUGAAAUGUUUAGCCGACAUAUAUUCAAGAUUCACUCCACUACCUGAUUUUAUCGAUAAAACCCGAAUCGCUGCGCUACCUACGGUUACGUACACUGAAAACGCUAUUGACCGAGUGAGGCAUGAAGUACAAUCUUUUACGGAAUCUGAAGGGAAUCUAGCAUGUGAUGUUCACAUAACGCUGGCCGACACGCUGAUAAGUUGCGAAGAGACUAAGCCACUUGAAGAAAAACUCAUUAAUGAUAAGAUCGUAAGCUACCAAAGGCAUCUUAUGAAAACGCUUAAACCCAUAACAAAGAUUACGAAACCGGAUGUAGGAAGGAGUUACAAACGAGUUCUAUCACUAUUUAAAUCAUCCCUUUCAUCACAAAAAAUAAAGUGGAAUGCCACUGAUCGUGAUAAGCUCACGUGGUCAGCGGCGUACCAAAAGUGGGAACGAUGGAGCAAGAGGCACCCACAACUCUCCAGAUCUAUGGAUCCUCCCACUAAACUGUCGGUCACAGAAGAAGGCAGACACUCAUCAGAAGCCAGCAGCUUAAGGUGUAUAACAGGCGUGAAGCAUUGCGUAAAGGUAGACCAAAGAUUAAAAAUCGAAAGUCUCUAUAAAUCGUGUGUAAAUGACAAUGUGGAUUUAAUUUAUCGCAAACCGUUUGAAAGUUUUAAACACGCUCUAUCACAUGAAUGGCCGAUUAGCAUGUAAU